CAAGGAAACUGAUUGAUAGCCAUUUUGAAGAGCCUUUUGUUAGUGUUUUGUGAAUGUUUUCAUAAAAUUUUUGCAAAAUUAUUAUGAUAACAUUAUUGAUAUGCAAUAGUUAAACGCAUUAUGAUCAGAGAAUAAUUCCUUAAUGAACUUUAGGGUAUUGUGUUUGUUUGGUGUAGGCACAUUGUGACAAAAAAACCGGAACGAGUUGAAAUUUACUUUAAUAUUAUUUUAUCGUUUUUAAAGUAUUAAUUAAUAGUGUAAGUGAUGGAUUGUUGUUAGUGAAUGAUUUAUUGAACUUAUAAUUAUUUACGUCGCGCCUCGCGUGUAUUUGUUCGCUACGUAAAUUAUUGAGAUCGCCACAAGAUGGCCGCCGUCGGAUGCCCGCUCCGCCAAAACCCGCUCGUGAGGCCCGAUGUGUCAUCUAUUAUCCAUGGUGUGUCUGACAUACUAUAAACUGGCGUCUUAUAGCGCGACCGAACUUACCGGUCGCUUCCAGCGAAGUUCCAUUGUAUAAAAUGGAAUUUCGCUCGAGGCGCCAAAAUACGAUGGGUGUUGACACAUCUCUAGCUGCAAUACCGUACCGUUACUUUGACGGCUGCACAAAAUAAUUGUUGACAAAAAUGAGCGAACCGGACGACGUUGGAAAAGAAGUGUGGAAGCGUUGGAUUCUUGAGGCGAUACAUAAGAUACGAUCGCAGAAGCAGAGGCCGAGUGUGGAGAGGAUAUGUCACGCAAUAAGACAGCAUCACAACUACCACGAAGAUGUUGUUUCGGAGCGUCUGGAGAACGCUGUGCGUGAGGGAGUAGUGCUGAAAGUGUAUAAUAAGGGACAAAGUUCGUACAAGGAUCCAGGGGGGUUGCAAAAUAAGGUGUUACGCAUAUCGGCAGAUGUAGACGUUUCGAGGGCGGUCGCCAAAGCAGUGCGAGAACUCGGUGAGCGAGAUGGAUCCAGCUUGAAGACUAUCGAGAAGUAUCUGCGGCAAGCUUACCAAGUGUCCGUAGAGGAAAACAUCGAGGUUCGGAAUAUAUUGCGAGGCGCAGCGAAGCGUGCAGUGGCUAGGGGCCUUCUCAUUCAUCACGCGGGUAACUAUAAAGCUGCCGAGAGACCCUUACAAGCCUCGGAGCGCAUUUCAAAACAAAGGAAGUUGCAAGAUUCUCCAGAAGAAAAGCCUAGCCCUGGUGGGGUGCCGGUUUGUGCUGAAUGUCUCGGAACAGAUGCUAAGAAUAGACUCGGAGUCACUGAGGCACUCAUCUGCUGUGCCCAGUGUAAAUCAUACGCUCACCCUACCUGCCUCAACCUGCUUGAAUACAUCAAUUUGACAACAUUGAAGAGUGUCCGUUGGUGGUGCGGGGAGUGUUCGCGGUGUAGUUCGUGUGGUUUAAGCGGUGAGUGGGCGUCGCGCUGCAGCGGCUGCCCACGAGCCGCCCACGCACGCUGCCACGCUCCGCCCUGGCGCUGCGACCGCUGCUCACGGACCAGAAUGGCGAUGGGAGGGACGCCGAAGAAGCGGAAGUCGAAGACAGCAGCGAGACGCAUCGAAUCAGACGACGAGCCCUCCGACGGUAAUAACUCGCCGUACGCACGCCUGCCGUCCGAACAGAGAAUGUCCAAGGAGAAGCAAAAGUUUUUCAAAUUCUCCGCUUUUAAUCUCGUAAAACGGCGUCGCUGUAGGGAGUCGUCGAGCGAGUUUGAGAGCUGGGGUGGCGUGCGCGUGACGCGGGUGCAACGCCUCGAGCUGACCGUGGAGUCCUCGCCGCCCGUCCCGCCGCAGCCCGAGCCCACCAUCUUCGAGCGCCUGGCCACGGACGCGUCGCCCGACGGCGCCUGGGGCUUCGCCGCGGAGGCCCGCAAGCAGCGCCUCGUAGAGUACCCGCCUAAAGUCGUACCCGCGCGGUCGCCGCCCAGCCCGCCCGCCAGGCACAGGCGCAGGAGUAGAUGCGGAGAUCGUCUCUUAACCACGCUAUUCGACGGUCUAUCCGAGUUUUAUUCUGUUCGAACGGCGUCUCGGUCGCAGUCUCGCCAUCGCCCGGUUCGGAAGAACAGUGAGGACCGACAAGUACUUAAAGAGACGAGGAGUACGUUCAAACGGUACCAGGCGUCGCUGAACAGGGAGCCUAGUGAUUCCCGGCCCAUAGAGGACACUGGCUGUAAGGAUGCGGGGCGGGACGAUCGAUCGAGGGAGAGCGAAUCUAUAGAGAGAGUGCCUUACGAGGCGAGACGGGCCGAGAGGGGCCGGAGCGUGCGGUCUCAGAGCGGCGCAGAGGGCUUCGGGCUCGGCGGGGAAAAGUUGAGUGCGUCGGCGCUGGUGGUGCGCGCGGCGGAAGGCAAGCGGGGUGGGGCGGGAGUGUGCGCGGGGGCGGGCGAGGACGCUCAGCAGCACAAGCUGGCGCGCGCGCUGGGCCCGGCCACCAAUCAGACGGAAGGUAAGCGGUUGCCAGCCGGUGUGACUGAGGCCGACGCGGAGUUGUUUAAGCAGGCUCGUGAGGCGAGCGGCGUGGACGGCGGCCAGUCUCCCACCCCCGGCCCAACUCCUGGGGUCGGGCCCCCGCCGCCUCGCUGUCCCUCCGCCAUCGAGUUCGGACAGUGGGAGAUCGAGACCUGGUACUCCAGCCCCUUCCCGCAGGAAUAUGCGAGGUUGCCAAAGUUAUUCCUAUGUGAAUUUUGUCUUAAGUAUGCGAAGAGUCGAGCGGUUCUCAUGCGUCACCUGGACAAGUGUCUAUGGCGACAUCCGCCCGCUACGGAGAUAUACCGGUGCGGCGACAUAUCUGUGUUCGAAGUCGAUGGGAACGCGAACAAAAUAUACUGUCAGAAUCUCUGCCUCCUCGCCAAACUGUUUCUAGACCACAAGACGUUGUAUUAUGACGUCGAGCCGUUCUUGUUUUACGUACUGACCAAAAACGACAGCAAAGGCUGCCAUCUUGUCGGAUAUUUCUCUAAAGAGAAACAUUGUCAGCAGAAAUAUAAUGUGUCGUGUAUAAUGACGAUGCCUCAAUAUCAAAGACAGGGUUAUGGGAGGUUCCUCAUCCAUUUCAGUUAUUUGUUGUCAAAAGAGGAAGGUCAAGCGGGUACUCCAGAGAAGCCUCUGUCAGAUUUGGGAAGGGUUUCAUAUCACGCCUACUGGAAAUCGGUGAUACUGGAAUAUCUCCACGACCACAGAGACAAACCGUUCACAUUCGAAGACAUCGCUCUCUCGACUGGAAUGCACAUGAAUGACAUCGCUGUAACAUUUCAGCUGCUCGGCUUUGUGAGAUACGUUCCCGACAAGGAUGAUAUCAAAUUAGGCAUUUGUGUAGAUUGGAAGAGGGUCGAGAAUCACGUGAAGAAGCUGAACAGUAGACCUCGCCUGGAAAUAGAUCCCGAAUGCUUAAGGUGGACGCCAUUAUUGACGCCGACCAUCAAUCCCUUCAGAUCCCCGGAUGAAAAUUCAGCAGAUCAGGACACAGAAAAUGAUGAAGAAGAAUUGAAAACAGAAAGUGAAAAUACGGAAACGGAACCCGAAACGAUUCCUUCGAAGUCCAGCGCGAAAACAAAGUCCACUGAAAAAGUCUCGCUAGCACAACCGAUAGCCGUCACUUCAUCCGGGCGGAAGAGGACGCGACCUCUCAAAUAUAGCGAAACUACGUAUCAAACUACGCCAACGUUAAGUGACGCGACGCGGAAACGAAAACGAGACGGGAAUAGAAAGCUCUCCGAGAGCGUCGAUGAAGAAAAGAAAGAAGACAGUACACCUCGACGACAGAGGAGCAAGAGUGUCGGUUGUAAGUCUAAAGUCGUACAAGAAGAAGUCAUAGAAGAUCUACCGAGGAAUAGGCGGAAAGCUAAAGAACAAGCGUAUGCUUCAGAUAGUCAAGAGAGCCAGGAAAGUAAUGAUGUUCGUACUGAAGAACCCGCACCUGUCAGGACGGGUAAGGCAAAAACGAAACGGAAACUCGCCUGGAGAGGAAGACAGACGAAACGCCAGACGGGGAGUAAAACAGUUACUAGCAAUGAAUCACCAGUAGCGAAGAAGGCCAAGGUUAAUACCGAGGAAAACGUCUGCUACAAAACUGAUGACUCCUCACAUCCGACUGCUGAACCUGUCGAGGAGAAGACACCAGUAGAACGAAAGGAGAAGUCCGAAAAGGACAAGAAUUCAGAAGCAAGCUCAGAAGAUUCGUCAGGAGAGGCCGAUGACGAGAUGGACGUAGACGAAGAUAGAGCCAGUGUGCCCAGCAAACCUCCGACACCGCGCUACUUAGAGGAGAACAGCACGGACCAUCACACCAGUGACAUGGAGUUGGACAGCAUACACAUAGACUCCCCGAAAUCGAUUGCUGAAAAAGAGCAAGUGAUUAACGACAGCAAAGACAAAGCCGAAGAGGAACCGCCCGCCACAGGGAACGAGUCGCAGGCGGCACACGCGGAAAAUAACGACAAGAUUACCAAGAAUGCCAAUGAUAGUGACACAAUUACCAAGGAUGCGAACAGUGACAGAAAUUCACCCGCGAAAGUGGUUCUCGAUGAUAAAGACACAAUUGUCAUAUCAGAAUCCGAUGACAACAAUAGCCAGAGCUGCCCGCUACCAUCACCGAAGCCAAAUAACAUAGCUCCGGCACAAGUCGCCGUAUCCGAUUCCAAAGAUGUUAAAGACGUUGCAGAAAACGAAAGUCCUACUAAAGUUAUACCCAUAGUGUCCACAGAAAAUUCCCAUAUCGUAUUAGACGCGAAGGGUGAUGGUAAUCCAGUUAAGCCACCGGUGGAGCUUAUUGUCCAUAGACUGCCUCACUUUGAAACUAUCGUCGUGGAGACGGAAUCAGACAACGCCCUUUCACCAGCCAUAGGUGUGUCUCCCAAGAAGAACGACAAGACGGUCAUAAGCGAAUCGCCGAAACAAAAGAAAUCUCCAGAAAAAAAUACAGAAUCAGCCUACGAGCAGAAGAAGUGCGAUAUGAGGAAGGAAACCGUGAUCCAUCAUCAAAAUAUAGAAGAGAGUAAAGGGCCGGAGAAGAAGACGCUCAAUAAAAUAGAAACCAUCGUACAAAACUUGGAUCCACAUAGAGAUAUGACGAACAGUAUGAAGAAGCCCGACCCUCCUAAAGUAGACACGUUCAACGAAAUGGAUUCAAGGAAACUACAAAUGCCCGUGACCAGUAAAGAGAGCGAAAUAUCUUUCCGGAACGACAUGUUGCAUGUGAGGAAGGAUGAAAUCGUGGUUUCCAGAAGCAUCAUCGAAAACACCUUGAACAACUAUCAAAACUCAGUGAGCAACUCGAUGACCAUUCAGCCCAUAAACUGUCUACAACUGCAGCAUUCCUAUAUGAAUCACAGGACGAGUGUCAGUAAGGAAUCGCAGGCGGUGCAGACUGACAAACUACACGUAAAGACCAGUGAUCCCAACAGAGUGAUUAACAACAUGCCUGAACCGCCUGUUAUAAGUAAAAGUACGACUAAACUAGAAGUGCCCCAUCCGAUCACGUCACCAGUUGUAAACCCUGUUAUUCCCAAAGUGCCCAAUGUAUCCGACAUAAGUUUUUUACCCAGAUGUCAGAGUGCGAAUGCUGCUGUUAACUUGGGUAUGGAAAGACCAGACUUGGAUAACAAUUUCACGAACAGUAUACAAAGUUCACUCAGCGGUCCUAUCAACACAGGUCAAACUAAUUCCCAAGAUAAAAACGACCCCAACCAAAAACCUAGGGAGAAGAGCAAGCUCAGAGACGUACGAGUGAACUCCGCUCACAGUAAGAUCGAAAAAACUGAAAAGAAAUCAACAAAAAACGAGACACCGAGAAGUACGCCGGAGCCGAAGAUGUUUUUUCCAGAUCAGAAUGCCAUCGCCAGUCAUCGGAAGACAGAGACCUCGGUACCGACAAACGUGAUAAACAGCGUGUCCGUGACGAGCAAACUAGACACGAAGACCAGCGAGGCUCCCAAAAAACAAGAUUUUUUUAGGAAAGAAAAAUCUAGUACCACUAAAUGCGAAACUAAAAAUACAAUCAAACACGACAAAACCUGUUCCUCCCAGUUGAAGGCGGCAGAGCAAAACGAUUUUAAUAAAAUGUUGCCCAAGUUGAAAUAUGAUAACGAAUUAGUUCCUAAAGCGGAUUACGCCAUGAACCAAAUACCGAGCUAUCACACGACGCAUGCGCAGUACGCGCAGUGGCCGACAUGGGACCAUACCAGGUUACAGGGGACGUGGGACAACAGGUUCCUGGACAUGAAGAACAACGAUAAAAACUACUUGGAGAAAUUCCAGGGCUUUAAUUUACCACAGUUGGAUCAAAUGCAAAAAUCACCACAGAAACUACAUCCGAAGUACGACCACAAUCUCGCUUACGGGGCUCUAUCUAGCGGCCUCUACGCUACCACGGGGUUACCGCAUUUCAAAGAGACUAAGGCGCCAACCUCCAAAGCCUCGGAAUGCCCUCAAAAGAACGACUGCAAGCCAACCAAGCAGUCCAAAACGACGACCGCCUGUCAGACACAGUGCGACAAGAAAUCCCAGUCGCACACCAACGACACGCAGAUGAAGCAGAUGAUGCAACGGCAAGUGAACAAACAACAGGAGGUGGCGACCAGCUGCGCAGACUUUAGGCAGCAGAGCCCGCAUCUAUUGACGUCGCCGGGCUGCAAGACGCCCUUCAACCAGAACGGGCCCUGCGACAAGGACAUAGACAAGAAAGCACGCCAGCAGAAGAAGGACGAGUCGCCCAAAGAUACGAGCAAGGAGGAGAUGUGCGAGGCCGUCAGUCCCGCUCUACAGUCUAUGGGAGUCUACACACCAGACUCCACGAGCAACUCGGUCCACUCGGUCCAGUACCCCGCAUGCGAGCUGGACGUCAGCCAGCUAGGCCUGGAGUCGCCCACCAGCAUCAGCUCCGACCUCGCCUCGCCCUGCUCCAUGAUGCACAUGCAUCCCGCACCCAGUCCGCAGUACCCGCACUCCUCCAUACACAUACCGUCCAUCAUGAGCCAACCCAACCAACCGCACAAACAACAGAAGAUCAACAACAGGAACAGGAGUACGGGCAGUGCGGGCGCGGCAUCUAGUGACAAGAGCGCUCGCGGGUCCGGCACGCCCCCCGCGCGACACCGCGUCACGCCGCCACACGCGCCGCACCCACCACACGCACCCGUCUCACACGGCGGUAGUGUGAUGCAGGGCGGCGGGUAUCAGGGCGGGUACCUGUCCUUCCAGCAGCAGCAGCAGUACCACGCGGGCUGGCCGCCGUCCUGCUCGCUGGCCAAGCUGCAGCAAAUGGCUGACGCCCCACAACAUCCGCCGCACACGCCACCAGCGACCGCACAGUACGGGCAGCAGGCUGGGACGCCGCCGGCCGGUCACUAUCACGCGCCCAAAUACUACGCGCCCGCCCACAACCAGAUAGAAUCGCCCAGGAACACACGGAAUGCGCCCAGUAACCUAAGUCCUAUGCAGCACGUCCAAAUGGGACCAGGAUCUCGGAUGUCUCCGAAUCUGAACACACACAUCAUCAGCCAGUACGGGCUGAACGGGUACCGUGUACCCCCGCAGCAACAGUUCAACAAUCUGCCAGUUCAGAUGAUGAACGUCCAGCCGGGUGUGCAGUACCCGGGACCGGAUCCUCGUGCGCAACAACCCAACGUGUACGCGUACGCGGGUUACAUAAACCCACCACCGCCUCUCACUAUGCAAACUUUGAACUCGACUAUGCGUCGGUAGCCUCGACCGAAAACCCAGUGCCGGAAACAGUGAUAAGUGACAGUGAACAGCGAGUGAAAGUGAUUCACCGAUGAAAAGUACAGUCAUGACGGAACUGGGCACUGUAUAUAGUAUGAAUAGAAAGUGACACCACUCGAGUUGCCUUAUACCACACCAGAACGCCUCUUUGGUUAACGAAGCAGCUAUAUGUUCUAGUUAUAUGUAAAUUCUCUCUGAUAAUGUGUAAUAACUGAUGUCGAAGCUGAGUAAAGUACAAAAUUGCUGAUAAAAUGUAUCUAGGUACCGUUGUAUAGUAGUGAUUAUUGAAGGGAAAUGUAAUUAUAUGAUAGUGCAAUAAGUUGGAUGAUUUGUUAAUUAUUAUACUAGCUGUUCCGACCUGUACAAACAUGACCCUCGCGCACAUGCCGGGGAGGUGUGUGCCCGAACAUUAUAAAUUAAUGAUUAUUGUUAAAUUACCCAAAGAGACAUCUAUAUAAGUUAUGUCAGAAUUAGUGCAAUCAUUUACGAGACGGUAUGAGACUUUGCUGUAUCAUAUUUGUGUUUUAUAUGUAUAUCGUGUGCCGUCGCCUGGCGGACGUCGAGAGUAAUGUACAGUCGGUGUGUUAUAAGUUUUGUCUUCGGAAGUGCCUCUUUCUCGUCCCUUAUGCUUAACCUGUGUAAGAUAAUGAAGUUGCUGCUUUCACUUAACACAAGGAUGUAUAAAUAGUUAGUUGUAAGUAUAUCUGUAAUAAUUUUAUUGAUGUGAUACUAUCAGAGAGCUGCACAACUGGCCUAAAGAAUGGUUGAUUUUUAUAUUUUGGUAUUUUUUUUUUUUAAUAAAUAGCAUAAUAAUUACAAUAUCUUUGUACGCUUCGCACUUAAGAUUUCUUUUUGUGUUUUCCUCGUUAAUUUAUUGCCAAAUGUUAUUAAAACUAUGCUGCAUAGGUAUUUUAAGUUAGUUACGUUAGCUUCGUCUAUUAUUUGUAAGAUCUGCCCCUGUAAGGUUACGAAUGUUAUGUAUUUGUUACUAAUGUGUAGUAUAAAAUAUUGUAAAUAUAUAACAAUAAGACUUGUAGCAGGUGUUAUUACACAAAAUAUAAUUUUGUGAAAA